AUGUCCUCAAAAUCAUUAUCUACGAAUAUGCAAAGUGCCAGUGAACACAGCCUUGAAAAAAGGGCAUCGACGUCUGCUAUUGAGACUGCUCCCACACAAGCCGAUGCUCUUAAUUCCAAGGUUGAAAGUGAUGAUGCCAAGCCAGCAUCUACCAGCGUUAUUGCAGGUCCCAAAUUCGAGGUGCCGAACUUGAAUAAACUGUUUUUCAAGAAACUUGCGAUAUCUGCAAUCCUAAUCACACUUGUCUUUUGGGUGAAUCUAACAUGGAUGUUGGGUAGCUAUUACGACGGCUCUCAAUAUGUGUACAAAGCCAAAAUGCUCAUAGUGGAUUACGACGGUUCUUCAGCUGGCGAGGCGCUCCUCGCUGCAGUCAAUGCAGCUAAUGGGCCGGGUACGAAUCCAACAUAUGAGAUAGCAUCAUCGGACUCGUACACCGCGGAUGAAGUCAAACAGGCUGUUUUUAAGGGGAAAUAUUGGGGUGCGGCUUAUGCUACUGCAAACUCAACGCAGGUGUUUGGCAGCGUUAUUGUCGGAACGAACACGUCAGAAUAUGUUCCCCAAAACGCCUACGUCCUUCUUGGGAAUAGUGCCCGAUAUACCGCUUUUUAUCCAUCUGUGGUCUUGGAUAACCUUGAAGCAAUUGCUGCCGAUGCAAAGACACGAUUCAUUCAGCAGACUUCGCUUCCGCUUAUCACAAAUGCUUUGUCAAAUGGAACAACGCUAUCUGAGGCCCAAGUCAGCACCAUAUUCGACCCAGUUGAUUACACAUAUAUCGAUACCAGCUAUGGGUCAUUCACAUUCGGAGACCGAAUGGUAUUCAACACGCUCAUGAUUGUGGUGGUAGUCCUUUGCCAAUUCUUUUUCCUAAUGUCAUUGAAUGGUCUUACCAUGGCCUUCGGCCGUUUACAUACCAUAUCUACACUAGACUACUUUAAAGUACGCCUACCAAUCUCCACAGCCUGGGCCUGUUUCGCGGGCCUAUGUCUGACAGCAUGGCAAAUGAUAUUCCGAGAAUCCUACCCCAUCAAUGCACGACUCUUCUUCUCGCUUUGGACUCUGUACUUGGCCUUUUCCAUGAUAGUGUUUGAUGUACUGGACAUUUUGACUGCUUUCGUUCCGCAGCAGUACAUGUCUUUUUGCAUGUUUACGUGGAUGAUCACCAAUGUAUCAAGUGCAGGGAGUCCUGUAGAAUUAUCCAACAACUUCUAUCGUAUCAGCUACUUCUUCCCAGCUCAUUCGAUGUGGCUGGCCGAGCAACACAUAUGGUCUCAGGGAGGUGCCUAUCCGCUCUCGUUGAGUUUGCCGAUACUAGCUGCCUGGCUAGUUGUGGCUAAGAUGGGUACGCUUUUUACUCUGAAGCCACGGCGGAAAGCUGCAGCAGCAGCAAAAGCUGCUGGGGCUGGUGGACGUGGAGGUGGACGUGGGGGUAGAGGAGCUAGAGGAGCUUGA